CAAUGAGAUGUAUGAGCCAUGAGGAUGCAAUUGGAAUGGCCCCUUUAUAUGCUUUCACCCAUGAUCAAGAUCCAGUUAAACUAUCAAGCUGAUCUUACACUGUGAAAACAAUGCAUCAUGUACAGGGGCGGACUGACCAUUUGGAAACUCAGGCACUGCCCGAGGGCCCGGGGUCAGUAGGGGGCCCCAUGAGAUGCCCCUGGUACCUUUUUCAUAGGCUUUUUUGAGUUUGGGCAAGGACACAGGGGCCCCAUGAUUCCCUAUUGCCUGGGGGCCCCAUGA